AUGGACAGCUCCCCGAAGCCGGUGAAGAAAAACCCACGCAAGGGUGCCUUCUGUCUGUCGCAGCUGUUCUUCGGUUGGUUGCUGCCACUGUUCUACCGCGGAUCGCGCCACGGUCUCGGCAAGGAUGAUCUUACCAAGUGUCUCAGGGCGGACCGAUCGGAGGAUCUGGGCGAAGAGUUGGAAGAGCAAUGGGAAAAGGAGGUGUCCCAGGCACGAAUCGCCAGCCGGCAACCGAAGCUACGCAAUGCCCUGUUCCGCACGUUCUACAAGCAGAGCCUCUUCGAUGGAUUUCUCAUAUUUCUGUUCGUUUUAAUAAAAACCAUACUGCCCGUGGUAUUGGCACAGUUGCUGAUACAGUUUCAAGAACCGACCAAUUCAACGCACGCAGCGGUGGCAAAUAUUGACAAUGGCGUGAUUGGCACGGUACCGCCGAUGGCAAUGCCACUGAUGAUGCUUCCGGAAACAACGCAUUCGCAUCUGGAAAGUCUCGUGUUCGACGAGACGGCCAUGAUAAACAAACGACGCCGGAAACGGCGGAUCCGGAUCGACGACGAUCAACCGGCACCGGGCAAUACUAUUGGUGAAAGUAAGGCAACCGUCAAUCAGGAAGAUGAUACCUUGGUGACAACUAUGUUUCCUGACAUGAGCGAAGUGCUCGGGGCAGCAGCCGAAGAUUCGGCGGUCGCCGCCAACAGCACCCUCGUAGACGAUCUCUCCGAUUUCCUGCACCAUGCGUGGAAUGAUGCAUUUUGGCUGUCGGGACUGCUGGUACUGUUGACGUUGUUCGGUUGUUUCUGCUGCCACCAUUCGGAUCUGCGAGAGCGUCUCGUCGGAGCCAGAAUGCGCAUUGCCUGCUGCUCGUUGAUCUACCGCAAAACGCUCCGGAUGUCGAGGAAGGCGGCUGGGCAAACGCCCGCCGGGUAUAUGAUCAAUUUGCUGUCGAACGAUGUGAGUCGUUUGGAUUACGGCUUCAUCUACAUGCACUACGUGUGGGUGUUGCCGUUUCAGGCAUGCUUUACCUGUUAUCUCAUCUGGCGCCGGGUACAAUGGGCCGCUAUCGUCGGUGUGGUUGGGCUGCUGGUCAAAACUAUUCCCGUGCAAACCGGGCUCAGCCGGUUGAGCUCGAUCAUACGUAUGCGGGUGGCCAAAAAGACGGAUCAGCGUGUUGGUAUCAUGAACGAGCUGAUCCAGGGCAUCCAGGUGAUCAAGAUGUACGCGUGGGAGAAACCGUUCCACAAGGUCGUGUCGAUAGCGCGCAAGAAGGAGGUGCGCCAGAUACGUUGGGCGUCGUACAUCCGUGGCAUCUAUCUGAGCACGAUGGUGUUUACCGAGCGAUCCACACUGUUUCUUGCGAUCGCCUGCUGCGUGAUCGAGGGACGCUCCAUCACGGCGGAUAUCGUGUUCCCGAUGGCACAGUUCUUUAACAUUCUCCAGCUUACGGCGGCCAUCUUUUAUCCACUUGCCGUGUCGCUCGGUGCCGAAGCGCUCGUAUCGAUCGACCGCAUACAGGAGUUUUUGGCGUUGGAGGAACACGAUGCAAAACCGCAGUCGUCUACCGGCGGACUGCAGCGUCAUCUGAACGAUCUUCAUCUGAUCGAGGACCACAGUAAGCCAGCGCUGGAUCUACAGAAGGUUACCGCGAGCUGGGAAGAAACGACCGAAAAGACUUUGAAGGAUAUCACCGUGAAGAUCGACGUCGGUAAGCUGCUGGCAGUGAUUGGACCGGUUGGUGCUGGUAAAAGUUCGCUGCUGCAGAUGUUGCUCGGUGAGCUUCCGAUUCAAAACGGGACGGCAACCAUCAAUGGGGACGUAUCGUACGGCUCACAAGAACCGUGGCUAUUUACUGGUACGGUGCGAAACAAUAUACUGUUCGGGUUGCCGUACGAUCGUCACCGGUAUCAGGCGGUAGUGCGACACUGUGCCCUUGCGACAGAUUUCCAACAACUUCCGGACGGUGAUAAAACGGUGGUAGGCGAACGGGGCACUUCACUGUCCGGUGGACAGCGUGCCCGGGUCAGUUUGGCGCGUGCCGUGUACAACAAUGCAUCUAUCUAUCUGCUCGAUGAUCCACUCAGUGCCGUCGAUGCUCACGUUGGUAAGCAUCUGUUCGACGAGGUGAUCGGUCCGCGAGGGUAUCUCGCGCAGAAGCAGAAAGCAACGCGUGUGCUAGUGACGCACCAAGUGCACUUUCUCAAGGAAGCCGACUGGAUCGUGAUCAUCGAGGGUGGUAAAAUUGUAACCCAAGGAACGUACACGGAGCUGGCUAAUGGAAAGAUUGAUUUUGGCAAGCUGCUGAAAUCCGGCAGUACUGAGAAGAACGAUUCGGACGAGAAAGUUCUAUCGGCGGACAUUCCGGAAGACGAAAUACCGUUCAUUGACGGUGUUACGCUCGAUGGGUAUAAGCUGCUGAAGGGUAGUACCAUCUCGUUACGCGGCAUUACCCCAAGUUCUUGUGCGUCCAGUGUGGCGGAAAAUCUGUGCGGCCGGCAGGUAGCGGAGGACCAGGCGGAAGGUAGCAUCUCGUGGCGCAUUUGGGCAACCUACUUCCUAUCGGGUGGCAAUAUUAUAAUGCUACUCUUCACCUUCUUCAUGUUGCUGUUGUCACAAGCGAUCGUCAGUGGGUCGGAUUACUUCGUAACGUACUGGACGCGGCAGGAAGAAUUGCGACUGGUGAACGAAUUCGCAGUGCAUGUGUCGACCGUUGACUUUCUGUACACGUACGGCGUGAUCAUCAUCUGUGUGGUCCUGUUCACCAUCUUCCGGGGCUAUCUGUUUUUCAACAUUUGCAUGAAAGCUUCGCGGAAUCUGCACGAUCGUAUGUUUGCCCGCAUUCUGACCGCACCGAUGCGCUUCUUCGAUACGAAUCCCUCCGGACGUAUUCUGAACCGCUUCUCCAAGGACAUGGGAGCGAUCGACGAGUUGCUGCCGAAGGCGAUGAUUGAAGCCAUCCAGAUAUUGUUAGUUAUGACUGGUAUUUUAACGAUGAUCACGAUCGUGAAUCCGCUGCUGCUGGUGCCACUGCUCGGAGCCGUUUUGCUGUAUGCCAUUGCGCUGAAACUGUAUCUGCGACCAAUUCAAGACUUGAAACGAUUGGAAGGAAUCACACGCAGUCCGGUGUUUUCACAUCUUUCGGCCACACUUUCCGGUUUAUCGACUAUCCGCUCGAGUGGUGUCCAGGAGAAGAUUCGGGAAGAAUUCGACGAUCUUCAGAAUGUCCACUCGGCCGUCUGGCAGUUGACGAUGGCCAGCAAUGCUGCUCUCGGACUGUGGCUUGACUGUAUCAGUACGGCUUUCGUGGCUUGUGUUACAUUUAGUUUUAUUGUGCUACAUCAAGAUACCUUCAGUGCUAACGUGGGUUUAGCAAUCUCGCAGGCACUCAUUCUCACGGGUAUGGUACAGUACGGUAUCCGUCAGACGACUGAAUCGAUUCAGCAGAUGACGGCCGUCGAGCGUGUCGUGCAGUACACCGAAAUUUCCCCCGAGACAGAUCCACCCAAAGUGCCACCGGGCGAUUGGCCGUGGAAAGGACAGGUUCAGUUCCACAACAUGUCACUCCGCUAUGAACGGGACGCGCCGCCCGUGUUGAAGAACCUGGAACUUGUUAUCGAACCCACGUGGAAGGUGGGAAUCGUUGGUCGUACGGGUGCGGGUAAAUCGUCCCUCAUCGGAGCGCUGUUUCGGUUAGCACGUAUCGAGGGACGCAUAAUGAUCGAUGGUAUUGAUACGGGAGUGAUCGCUCUUGAAGCGUUACGUUCGAAGAUAUCGAUCAUCCCGCAGGAUCCGGUACUGUUCAGUGCCACCAUACGCUACAACCUGGAUCCGUUCAGUUUAUACGACGAUGACAUGCUGUGGCGGGCAAUCGGUGAAGUUGAGCUUCGUCCCGCCAUCAGCGGGCUGGACUUUAUGGUGACGGAAGGAGGCUCAAACUUUAGUGUCGGUCAACGGCAGCUCAUCUGUCUAGCUCGAGCAAUUCUGCGCAACAACAAGAUCUUGGUGCUGGAUGAAGCGACGGCAAAUGUAGAUCCACAAACGGACGCAUUGAUACAAAAAACUAUCAGGGAAAAGUUUAAACACUGCACGGUGCUUACGGUUGCGCAUCGGCUGCACACGGUAAUGGAUUCCGAUCGCAUACUCGUGAUGGAUGCCGGUGAAGCUCGGGAAUUUGACGUUCCUCACGUGCUGCUACAGCAGGAUGGUAGCAUUCUAAAGGAGAUGGUCGAAGCUACCGGACCGUCCGAGUCGGAAUCUCUGAAGCGAAUUGCGGCGGGCACUUAUGAACGACUGGAUCCCAACCGCCAUCUUAUGAACGGAAUGCCAAAUCCGUGGCGUUUCGGUAAAGAAACACCCCAAUGA